UUCAAUCCAGUCACUAAGUUCAAGUGUGCACAGGCGGGGUGCAGCGGAGUUCGGCCUGGUCCAGGACCCGCACCGCGCCGAUGGCACCAAACCGCAGGCAAAUGGGCUCAAUGCGCGCCUCGGAUCUGGCCUGCGAAGCCUGCUCCUCGGCGUGGUGCAGCUGGUGCUACUCUGCUGGCUUCAAGUCAUAGGAUGGACUCCCGGCGUGGCGAAAUCGAACAAUGCUGAGAAGGCGGCCAAGGCAUUGCUUCAAGGGCAGCAACGCCUCGAUAAGGCGAAGGAUAAUGCUUCCAAGGCGACGCUCGCCCUGCAGGAGCAGCAAGCGGCCGUCGCUACUCUCGGGCCCGCGGAACACUCGGUCCACUUCUUCGUAGUGUGUUGGCAGCUUCGAGCGAUGAGGGCGGAGAUCCUGCGCGACUGGGAGUUCGGGCCGCGCAGGCCUGUCGAGCUCGCGAUCGACGGCGCGCAGAUCGACGACUGGGUCCAGGUCCUCGUCAAUGAUCUCGCCGAGGGCCGCCUCCGCAUCGCCGCCCAGCAGUCGCAGCGUCUCGCGUCCAUGGGCAAACUUCCCCGAGCUCCUCGGGCGGAGCUGGUCGACGCCGCGGGGGCGCGGGUGGUUAUGCGGGCGAGGGGCUCCGGCGCCGAUUUCGCGCCUGCUGCCAUCGAGUUGCUGAAGCGACAGGCGGAGCACCCCAAAGUGGUCGCGCUGGUCGAAAGGUUGCUAAUGGCCUGGCCCAAGGUGGUCUGGGCGGCGCCGCAGGGCGAGCUCCUCUCGGCGGUGAGGUGGAUGCACGGCUAUGGUGCCAUGCCUGUCCAGGGGGUCGAGCUGUUCUCCGAUGGCUCGGCCUUCGACCUGGGCGUGGCUGGAUUCGCCGUCGUUCAGAUACUUCCCGGGUCAGACUGGCUCGAUCCUGGCGACGCGGGUGCCGGCGUGGUCGUCGAGCAGCCGUCCAAGAUCGAGCGCGGCCUGACGGAGCACGAGUUUGCGAUCGAGGCUGGUUGUUGGACAUGUUCGAAGGCCGGGCGUUCCGCGGCGACCGAGGAGUCGAAGCGCCAGCUGUUCUCCAGGCCUUGCGCCCCGCGGCUCGCCUCCUGCGGGGGGCGCGCGGGCGAAGUUGCCUCCGGGGUCGAGCGGCCUGCUGCAGCGGCAGGCACUGGCGUCGGAGUUGGCGUUCUGCUUGCCGCGGCGGCAGGCCCGCAGGCUGGAGGCGAUGGCCUGGGAGGCGGGGGCUUCGCGGCGAGGGGUGGGUGGAGACAGCGCUGGUCGAGUCAGGGAGCAGAGGCGCGGCUUGGCUCUUUCAGGCAAGGCCUGCCCCUGCCGCCUGACCUCCGCUGGCCCAGCAUUUCGCUGGAUGCAGUCCCACCUGGACUGCCCUGGCCGCGGCUGUGGAGCUUGAUUUGCCCGCCGGCCCCCGUCUGGCCGGUCGCGGUUGCAGUGCCGGUGUUCUUCGGACUGCUCAAUGUCGCGCUGCUGGAGUCCAGGGCGUUGCGCGCGGUCGAGCUGCUGAGGUUCGGCGCGUCGUUCGCGCCGUCGCUGCUGGAGUGCGUCCUGCUGCUCGCCCUGCUGCUCGCGAUCGUGUUCGGCUCUUCCGCCGUGUUGCUCGCCGUGCUGUGGCUGGAGCUCGUCGCGCUGCCCGCACUUGCGCUGCUGGGUUCCGCUUUCCGGCCGUGGCUGUGGCUGGAGUUCGUCGCGCUGCCCGCGGUUGCGCGGCUGGGUUCUGCUUUCCGGCCGUGGGGGGUCCAGGGGCGCCGAGCUGGGGUCAGGGAGGACGUCGUGGCCUUCUCCCCCUCGUUCCCCCGCGUCGUGCUAGGCAGGUCCCGGGAGCCCAGGGGCCAGCUGGGCCCUGUGCGCGCGGCGAAGUCGCACGGCGGAAGCCUGGCGCAGAGCGCAAUGCCGCCCAGGGAGGUCGCGCGGGGUUGCGCGCCCCUGGCCGGCCGCUGGCAUAUGCGGGCUCCAGCCGGAGAGCCGGCUGGCAGGCUGGCGGACCAUUUGGCAUUCCAGCUGGGUGGCCAGCGGCAGAAAGAUGUUGCGGAGGUCCUUGACGUCUGCGACCGUGCAGGUGACAGCCUCCCCGAUCUGUGCCGCCUCAGGCUUCUGAGUGCUCAUCUC